GCUUGUGGCCGGAUGCGCGGAUUGCAACGAUGCACGAGUCUUCUGACCGACAGAAUGUGAUCGAAAAAUACCUCCAAGGGUUACAUCAUCAUGAAGACGGCUACUCCCACGGCUACCUGAAGUCAGACGAUGAGCUUAAGCUUUUUGAGAGGUCCUUGGCUGCCGUCAACGAGAGGUAUGCUGUGCGGACAUCAAGAGACCUGAACAAGUCGUCUAAAUCCAAUGUCGUCUUCUCCAUGAUCCACUCCGGGUGCAGAAUUUCUCUUGACAAUGUGCCGUUUCGAGUUGUCAAGGAAGCCAUCAAAGUCUGCAUAUUUGGAACGGAAUACUAUAAAAAGACUCCAGGGGAAAAAAAAAGACCCGGUAUGUCGCAUGGUUAUGCACUUGCAAACGUUUCAGUCUCAUGCAGAUAUCCAGCAGCCUUUCUAUUCAAAGAUUGUGUGCAGGCAGUGUACAGAGAAUUUACAUGAUGUUACUGCAGGUUA